CUGAAGGCGAGGGGCGAGCGCGAGGGAGCCCCCCUCCGGAACCCCCGCCCGCCCCAGGAGCGCCGGCAGCGGCGGCCCCUCGAGGAUCGGCUCCAGGAGAUGAUAGAAAGCGACAUCUCAUCCAUAAUGUCAGGAAUUAUUCGAAACUCGGGGCAGAAUCACCACCCCUCUCCACAGGAAUACAGGCUCCUAGCGCCCGCCGGCGAUGACGACCUCCCUGGGGACCUGCAGUCGCUGUCUUGGCUCACGGCGGUGGACGUGCCUCGGCUGCAGCAGAUGGCAAGUGGCCGCGUGGACCUGGGCGGCCCCUGUGCGCCACAUUCGCACCCAGGGGCCUUGGCUGGGGCGGCUGACCUGCACGUGGGAGCCUCCCCGGGUCCCCUUCUCCAUGGCCCAGACAGCAUGGCCCCCCGGGGCAUGCUGGGCCUGGGCCUCAUAACCAACCACGGAGCCAGGAUGGGCCAGUUCCCCAUGGGGACCCACCCCCCAUCCGGCCUGCAGGACCCGCCACAACUGUACUCACCUGCCACCCAACCACAGUUCCCGCUUCCCCUGGGCACCCAGCAGUGCCCCUCUGUGGGCCUCUAUGGCUCCCCAUUUGGGGUGCGGCCUCCCUACCCUCAGCCCCACAUGGCUGUGCAUUCGUCACAGGAACUGCACCCCAAACACUACCCCAAGCCCAUCUACUCAUACAGCUGUCUGAUCGCCAUGGCCUUGAAGAACAGCAAGACAGGCAGCCUGCCCGUGAGUGAGAUCUACAGCUUCAUGAAGGAGCACUUCCCCUACUUCAAGACGGCUCCUGAUGGCUGGAAGAACUCGGUGAGGCACAACCUGUCCCUGAACAAGUGCUUCGAGAAGGUGGAGAACAAGAUGAGUGGCUCCUCGCGAAAGGGCUGCCUGUGGGCCCUGAACCUGGCCCGCAUAGACAAGAUGGAGGAGGAAAUGCACAAGUGGAAGAGGAAGGACCUCGCCGCCAUCCACCGGAGCAUGGCCAACCCCGAGGAGCUGGACAAGCUGAUCUCCGACCGGCCUGAAAGCUGCCGGCGCCCUGGCAAACCGGGGGAGCCGGAGGCCACUGUGCUGACUCACGCCGCCACGGUGGCCGUGGCGCACGGCUGCCUGGCCGUCUCCCAGCUCCCACCCCAGCCACUGAUGACCCUGUCCCUGCAGUCGGUCCCCCUGCACCACCAGGUGCAGCCCCAGGCACACCUUGCUCCAGACUGUCCGGCGCCGGCCCAGACGCCGCCACCGCAUGCCCUGCCGGACCUGAGCCCCAGCCCCCUCCCCAACCCCGCCGUGGGAAGGGCCCCCGUGGACUUCAUCAACAUCAGCACCGACCUGAACACCGAGGUCGACGCCCUGGACCCCAGCAUCAUGGACUUCGCCCUGCAGGGGAACCUGUGGGAGGAGAUGAAGGAUGAGGGCUUCAGCCUGGACACGCUGGGGGCCUUCGGAGACUCCCUGCUUGGCUGUGACCUGGGGCCCUCGGGCCUGACCCCCGUCUCCAGCGGCAGCGACCAGUCCUUCCCAGACUUGCAGGUGACGGGUCUCUACGCCGCGUACUCCACCCCGGACAGUGUGGCCGCCUCGGCCACCACCUCCUCCUCUCAGUACCUGGGCACGCCGGGGAACAAGCCCAUAGCCCUGCUCUGAGCCGAUGGCCUCACCUACCCUGGAACACCCCAGAGAACGGACCAGAGCAGGGUGUGCCCAGAAGGCAGGCCCCUCACCCUCCCACAGUCCCCUCCUGAACCUUUGGCAAAGCCGUGGCUGGACAGGGACGCAGUUCCUCUCCGCACCCCUCUCCCGCCUCCCGCCAAAGCUUCUGGGGCCUUCCCAAGUCAAAAGGACAGAGGAGAGUGGACGCGUAGCCCGGCGUCCCC